GUUAUUGUCCUUGGGUGCUGCAAUCUAGUUUUCGCAAAAAAUAGCAUUUUAUGUGAUGCCUGUCAAAUUGCGCCGCGAAAUCCAAUGGAAUAUGAAGUUUGCCACUUCAAACAUGCACUGCCAGUCUUAUGGAUAAUUUUAUAAAGAUAAAUGAUUUAACGCUAACUGUGUACCUGUGCUUGUCCUGAUAGUUAUAGAGUUGUCAGUGGGUGUUGCAACCCAUAGUUUUAUAUAAAAAUAAAAAAAUGCAUUCUAUGCAUCCCCUGCCAAAACUAAGCUGUUCCUUCUCUGUUAACAAUGUCUCCCUUCGUGGAGGUCGCGUAAAAUGCUUUUUUUUUAACUACGGUUGCAGCACCCAAAGAAAAUAACGUAGUUACACAGGCCAAACAGUUACAAGGUACACAUUAAAGAAUGGGCAUUUCUGCAAGUAUCGACUGAUACUGAAACAAUGUAGUCGGAGGUACACUCUGCCGACCCUCAUCGCAACUCGGCUCCAUUGAAAAGUAUGGAGUUAUAUAAAUGAUUGAUUAUACAGACCAAGAAAGAAACAAAAAAUGCUGAAUAAUAAUGAUGAUGCACUUCUCUUCAUUCUAGAUCAAUGUCAAGGUGACAUUCCUAUUUAAUUGCCUAUGUAAGCAAAAAAUCGACACAUCCGUUGAUUUUUUUGGGGGCACACUGUCACUGGGUGGGCCAGUCAAAGUAAGAUUAAGCGUCGAUGCGUCGUACGUAUUUCAGGAGGCGGAAGGCUUGCAUUACCUGUAUGGACUUCGACAAUCCUGUGUGGCGUGGUAGGCUACUGAACGACACCUCACAGUCAAACAACAAUCUCAAACUUAAACUUGGGUCCAUGUUGUCAUCGACUAAAAGCCGAAAACAAUAAGUAUUUCCCCGCCUCAAUAGCCUAUUGAGUGGCCUGGCAGCGAUGUAUCGGCGUUCUGAUACUGUCUGUUAGGAGGGACACUCGCGGACUAACCCCCCCGUGGAUCUCGCACGAGCUCAGUGAUCAGGAUGAUACCAGUAACUGAGUUCCGGAACUUUGCCUCAUCACAGAACCCCGAGUUCCGGGUUCUAAAGCCAUGGUGGGAUGUGUUCUCGGAAUACCUAUGUAUUGCCAUGCUCAUGAUCGGAGUGUUCGGAUGCACCUUACAGCUCACCCAGGAGAAGAUCUCCUGCCUUCCCAGCCAUUUCUCCAGCUCAACUCCAGAGGCCAUCGAUUGCAGCCACGUCCGUAGCCACGGCGAGAACGAGACAUGGGAGCACCAUACCUUAGUCAAGCCCGUCAGCCCCAAUAUCAGGGAGGUGUACGGACGCAAGAACAACCUUGACAUCCACCAGUACAUCUUCGUCAACCAUUACUGCUACGAACGGGCCGUGCACUGGUACGGCAAGUACUUCCCCUACCUGGUGGUAAUCCACACAUUGAUAUUCAUGGUGGCCAGCAGCUUCUGGUUCAAGUUCCCUGGGACGUCGUCCAAGAUCGAGAUCUUUGUCACCAUCCUGGGGAAGUGUUUCGACUCGCCAUGGACCACCCGGGCGCUGAGUGAGGUGUCUGAGGAGCGUGGUGAGGAAAAGAUGGUGAUAUGGAGGAAGAACACCAUGUCGAAGUCGAUGGCAUCGGCGUUCGCUGCCUCGCCGGACAGUGAGCCAGGGGCGGAGGAGGAGAUGGUGGGACUUCUCCGGCAGUCGUCCAUCAAGUCAAAUCCAGAGAAGAUGAACCCGGAACUACAGCCAGCGGAUUCACUCUUGGACAAGAAGGAAGGGGAGCAGGCUAAAGCUCUGUUCGAGAAGGUCAAGAAGUUCAGAACGCAUGUGGAGGAGGCGGAUCUGCUCUACCUGAUGUACGUUCUCCAGACCUCCCUCAAGGUCUUCAAGUUCGUCCUCAUCACUUGUUACAGUGCUGCAUUGGUCCCCAACAUUGAGAUUGUAGUUCGUUGCUCAGUUCCUCCGGAGCUGACCGGCUUCGAAAUCUACUGCUGCAACCACACCAAAGCCCACCUCUUCUCCAAGCUAUGCUACUGUUACAUCUGCUUUGUGGGAGUCUACGGACUUCUGUGUAUCUACACCCUCUAUUGGCUCUUCCAUCGACCUCUUAAAGAGUACUCCUUUGAGCAUGUUAGACUGGAGACGGGUAUCAACGACAUCCCAGACGUCAAGAACGACUUUGCGUUCCUCCUCCACCUCAGCGACCAGUACGAUGCGCUCUACUCCAAACGCUUCGCCGUCUUCCUCUCCGAGGUCAGCGAGAGCCGUCUUCGCCAGGUCAACCUCAACCACGAGUGGCCCGGCAAGAAGCUGCGGGGCCGCCUCUCCCGGAACGCCGACAACCGUCAGGAACUCCAUCUCUUUAUGCUCCCGGGUCUCCCCGACACCGUCUUCGAUGUCCCUGAAGUGGAAUCUCUCAAACUGGAGCUGCUAAACAACGUGACUAUUUCCUCCAGUGUAAUCCAGCUAGGUUCUCUCCAGGAGCUGUCCCUCAUCCACUGCCCUGCCAAGCUCCAGCUGGCUGCCCUGACCCACCUCAGAGAGAACCUCAAGGUCCUCCGGCUAGCCUUUGAAGGACUGGAGCAGGUACCAAUGUGGAUGUACACACUUCAGAGUCUCGAAGAGCUCCACCUGAGUGGCACUUUGACCCACGAACUCUCCCGCAGUGCAACCUUAGACUCCCUGAGAGAACUCAAAGCUCUAAGAGUCCUGACGCUUCGCAGCCGCCUAACCAAGAUCCCUCCGAGUGUUGGGGAUGUGGCAGUCAACCUCCAGCGUCUCUGCAUCUAUAAUGAGGGCCUCAAACUACAAGCCUUCAGCAGCCUAAAGAAGUUGACCAACCUGGUCUCUCUGGAGCUGAUAGGAUGCGAGCUGGAGCGCAUCCCCAGUGCGGUCUUCAGCCUGUCAAGCCUGCAGGAACUGGACCUGAAGGAAAACAAGCUGACGACAGUAGAGGAGAUCCUGAGUCUACAACAUUGCCGGCGCCUGGUAACUCUUCGUCUCUGGCACAAUGGCAUCGCCUACAUCCCUGAGCACAUUGCUAAGCUGAAGUCCUUAGAGACGCUGAACGUCAGUUGGAACAAGCUCCGGAAACUUCCGUCACGUCUCUUCUACUGCACCAAGCUCCGGCACUUGAACCUGUCCCACAACCAGCUCACGUCGCUACCAGCCGAGGUAGGGAUACUCCAGAGUCUCCAGGUCUUCUCAGCAGCCUUUAACUCCCUGGAACAGCUGCCGGAGGAGCUGUUCUCCUGCAAGAGGCUCAAGACCCUGGCGUUGGGAAACAACUGCCUACUCUCGCUUAGCCCCAGAGUGGCUAACUUGGCCCAGCUAGUGCGCCUGGAGCUCAAGGGGAACAGACUAGACUCUCUACCUCCGGAGAUAGGGGACUGUCCCCUGUUGAAGACCAGUAAUCUUGUGGUAGAGGACAACCUGCUGGAUCUACUGCCGUCGGAUGUACGGAGCAGGAUGAAAGACAGUUGAGAGACACUUACUUUGCUUACUUUAAAGAGCUUUUUACUCCUGCUGGUGUAUAGGCUGCUGACAACAAUUGAGAGAUAGGAUAAAGGGUCAGGUUUGGUGACACUUGAUUGGUCAGAGCUGUCAGCUCCGUGGGAAAGGAUUGGACCUCUGGGUGGGUUUGCAGUUUUGAGACAUUCACUUUUUUAAAGGCAAAUAAGAGCCCGAAAGUACGAGAGGACAAGUAAGGACGGAACUAUGGACAUACCGUAGCAUAUAAGGUUCAAGAAAGGACUUUUUGGAGGGACAUACAGUAUAGCAAUAGAAUAAUUAGCAAAUAUAAUAUAUUUUGGUCAAAUCAUCCUCAAAUCAUGUUCACCUAAUUAUUGCCAUGACUAUACUUUUUAAAAUGUUUUUUGAAUACAAAGAUUAUCAAAUUGUCCUUGAUGAAAUGUCA